AUGGCCAAAUUGCUGGCCACAAUUAAAGCGAUUAUUACUAGGAUAAUCUUUAGUACCCACGGAUUUAUCGCCAUAUGGCAAGUGACCCAGAAUACGAAGGAUCCCUUGUACUGGUGUCUUUGUACUCCGAUCGGUGUUUUGUUUAUCGAGGGAAUUUUUACGUUGGCAAUUAAAAAGAAUCAGGAAUGGCGAUGGUUCUGUCCUUCGGUAUUUAUUUAUUUGUCCACCAUAGUUCCUGCAAUAUGGCUCUUGGAGUUGGACAAACUAGAAAAACGUUCCCUUUUUCAAGAUCAGGUUUUGAACGAAACUAUCAAUUUCGCGGCCACGGUCGGAAAAGAUCUAAAGGACUUGAACAAAAUGCUCGGAGUAAAAAUUCAACUACCGGAUAUACAUUUGAAUGCCGAUACUUGGGUGACGUUGAUUGAACAGUUCCUGAUGCUGGUUCUAAUAAUUGGCCGCUGGAUGUUGCCGAAGGGUGACUUGACCCGGGAUCAGUUGAGCCAGCUGCUGUUGGUAUAUAUCGGUACGGCGGCGGACAUAAUCGAGUUUUUCGACUCCUUUAAGGACAGUAAAAUUGCAAACGAACCGGUGCUGGUACUAUUGACACUAAGCAUCUGGUCCUGGAGUUUGCUGCAGUUUACGAUUGUUCUAUCGGCCACACGGGCGCGGAAGCCUCGUGGAGGCGGAAGUGCACUGCAAUCUGAAGAGGAAGACGCCCACUGCUGUAACGUUGCCUGCUGCAAUAUCGACGUGUGGGGAAUUGCGCUGAACAUUUUACUCCAGGAUGCCCCCUUUCUCACCUUCCGGCUGCUAAUUAUUAUUCAUUACAAAAUUAUUACCUAUAUGAAUAUAUUUUUUACAUGUAAAAACACAUUGGUAAUACUGUUACAACUGUACCGAUUGUAUGUGCUUAACUCGGAAAACCGAAAGGCGGCAAAAAAAUCUUCCACAUCAGAGUGGAAGAAAAAACCCAACAACGCCAGAUCAGCACGUCCUGCGAAACAGCAACAGCUCAGGAAGACUCAUCGCAGGAAAGUUGCUGAUUUGAAUGAAGAAGAUAUUCACGAUGCACGAAAGUUAAAGCAACAACGCAAAUCGAGAAGUACAUCUUCGAAGCUUCGUAAGGACACCGGUUAUUCAACAGCAAGCAGUCCAACGGCAGUGAAUCAACGGAAAAAUAAAACUAAAACAACCGGUGAGGUCGAGGCUAGAAAAAAGCACAAUAAAAAGGGUCAUGAAAAGUCCAGGAAAGGAAGAUCCACAACGCUAAUGGAUGACAGCCGGAUAGAUUACGACCUGCCGGAGAUGGAGCAGACCAGUGAACGGCAAAGUCAGCGAAACCGCAGCAGGGAGGGCACAAAAAAAUCCACUGACAGAAAAGAACAACGCCGAACCGCACGCGACCGUGGCGGUAGCAAACGGUGCCUUGAGGAGGACAGAAACUUCAGUGAAAGCGAACUUGACAACAUUGAUUAUGAUGAUGGCGCUGUUAAUGAUGAUGGUGAAGAUGAUGAUGCUGAAGAUGCUGUCGUUUCACCGCAGACGGCGACGGUCCAAGCUGGUGGGCGGAAUACGUGGGACGAUAACGAUACAAGUGAGUUCGAAAUAAUUCAUGAAAAAAAGCAAACUGGUCGGGGACGCUCGAAGAAGCCGCAGCAUGCGAGGAACGUGUCAAGUACGGCAUCCUCUUCAGGAUCAACUUCGGAAUAA